AUGGUACUGGCACUGCUGGUGUCAGAUGCAUGCGGUCGCUCGGGUGUUCAUGCAUCUGAUCUGCAGGCCAGGCAUGCUGAGCUAGUCGCCGGCCAACGCCGGACAACUGGGGUCCUGUUGCUGGGAGAUCUUUUGGGCGACGUUGCAGCUUCCCCAGCUCGGAAUUCUCGAAGCCGCACUGGCGCUGCAUUGAGUGAGCGGGCCAUUCUCUUCAAAGCCGGAGCAGAUUGGCUUGGGACUUUCGGCUGCACCCUGCAACGUCAGCAGAACGCAAUGUACAACGUGGUCAGCAUCAGUCAGAUGCCCUGCGUCGUCGACCUUUUGUUUGACCCUGGGGCCCUCUAUGAAGACCCUUCCACACGGGCUCAGGAGUACCGACGGCUUCUGGUUAGCGUGUGCCACGGGCGAUCUUUGAAGGAGGCCAUGCCGCCAUCUUCCAGGACUGACCUCAGCGGCCAGAUGCCGCGGCCUCCUUGGCACGUAGAACCAUGGGAACUCGAGAUCUCACGUGGUGACCGAAUUGGCAGGGGUGGCUUUGGAGAGGUAUUUCAUGGGCGAUGGGCUGGCGUCCGGGUUGCGGUCAAAGAGAUGAAGGACAGCUCGCGUGCGCCCAGUGAUGCUGACGUUGUGGAUUUUUUGCUCGAGAUCGCGAUGCUGUCUCAACUGAACCACCCGAACAUCGUCCGCUUUUGGCGAGGCUCAACCGAGAUGCAUUCGGGCAGCCGCAGCUUGCUGAUGGUCACGGAGUACAUCAAGCAAGGCGGUCUCUCCAGGCUCUUGCACGGCCAUGGAGGGCCGGCACUGCCAGAUCCGCUGACGCUGGGGCAGUCGCUGUCUUUCGCUUUGGAUGUUGCCCGCGGCGUGCAGUACCUCCACGGCCAGCGCAUUCUUCACUUGGACCUGAAAAGUCCCAACGUCUUGUGCGCUCCAGUCUGGACGGCGAAGUUAUGUGACUUCGGCCUGGCGAAGAUGCGAGGUGAGGCGACGUACGUGCAAUCGACUCUGCAGGGUGUCAGUCCGGUGUGGGCACCGCCUGAAAUGUUCGAUAACAAGAGCGGAGGCUUAACGGAAAAAGCUGAUGUCUACAGCUUCGCUGUGAUUUUCUUCGAACUCUUAACGAAGCAAGUGCCUUUCGCAGAAGUAAGCUCUGCCAAGUUGCCAGCAGCCAAAGCCGCGGGCCAGCUCCCUCGCAUCCCAAAUUCCGUGCCCGCAGACUGCGCCGAGUUAAUUUUGCAGUGUUGUGCAGCAAACCUUUUGGGCCGGCCCUCGAUGAGUGGGGCCGCAGCCCGGGUCAGGGAGAUAGCACAGUCGCACGAGAUACAAUUGGCAGAGGUCAAGCCACCUGCUGCCUUGCUACGAUUCGAUGAUGACCAAGAGAGACGGGUGCAAGAAGCUGAAGACGCUGCAGCCAAAACUUUGAUCGACGUUGACAAGCAGCGGGCGCAUCUUCGUAUGGACCUAUCUGAACUGCACAGACAGAUAGAAAUCGCAAGGAAGCAAGCUGCAGAAUUGGGUGCCCAGAACUCCAGUAGUCCGGGCUCACAAGAUGCAGCCACCACUCCCGAUGACUCGUGGUGCGAGCCGUUUGUGCAAGAAGUCGCUGGUGCAAAGUUUCGCUGUGCUUUGUGCUCCAAGUUGUUCCGCGGACCUGAGUUUGUCAAGAGGCAUCUAGAGGCGAAGCACAGAGACGAAGCAAAACGACUUAUUGAGGACAAAUACUUUGAUUGCGAUGUGUCUCGCGAGGAUGCUUUGCCAGUGCACCAUGCCGUGGGAACUGCUGCAGUCAGCAGAAACGGCCUGGGUUGGGUUUCGCCAUGA